GCAGCUCCACGCGCAGGCCGUGGUGCGUGGCUUCUUGGGCGACGGGGAUAACACCAUCCUCUCCACCGCCAUCCUCAACUUCUACGCCUCAUGCCGGGAGCCCGACCUUGCGCGCCAGGUGUUCGACAGGAUGGCACGCAGGAACGCCGUCACCUGGAACGCGCUCAUCAAAGGGUACGCGCAGGCGGGCCGCAGGGACGAGGCGCUGGCGCUGUUCCGCUGCAUGAGGAGGCAUGACCGUGUCGCCCCCGACAAGUACACGUUCCCGGCGCUGCUGUCCGGCAUUGGCAGGAACCGUGGUGGCGUCUGCGUGCAAGAACUCGGGGGAGCCGUGCACGCGCAGGUAGUCAAAUCCGGGCUGGACAAGGAUCCCUUUGUGGGUGCUUCCCUCGUUUCUAUGUACGCGGCUACAGGAGCACUGGAAGAUGUGAAGGCCGUCUUUGAUGAUGUGGAUACUUUGGACCCGGUUGUCUGGUCUUCUAUGAUCUCCGCGUAUGUCAACUGCAAGGAGGAAGAAGCUGCUCUCCUUACAUUCUACAAGAUGUUGUGCCAAGAUAUUAAGCCGAGGCAGUUUGUCUACUCCAGCCUGUUUGCCAUCUGUGGGAGCAUGUCGAUGCUGGAGAUGGGCAGGCAAGUUCAUGCCCACAGCCUGAAGAACAUAACUGACAAGGAUGCCGCCAUGACAAAUGCACUUUUAACCAUGUACUCUGAUUGUGGAUGCAUUGAUGAUGCAUGGAGAGUCUUCAAUUCGAACGACGUUGUGGAUGUAAUAUCCUACAAUUCAAUGAUUUUGGCUCUUGGGCAGCAUGCACGCCCGAAAGAAGCAGUUGAACUUUUCAAGCGGAUGAAGUUUUCUGGCUUGAUACCUGAUGAGGUCACCUUACUGAAUCUUCUUUCCGCUUUCAACCAUGCUGGUCUUAUUCAUGAAGGUUUGCAUUUAUUCGAUUCCAUGUUGGAUAUGGAGGGCAUAAAACCGACGUAUCAACAUUAUGCCUGUGUUACCGACAUGCUGGCUCGAUCAGGAGAAAUCGAGGAAUCCAUGAAAACAAUUAAGGAAAUGCCCUUUGAAGCUGAAACAUCCUUAUGGAGGAUUGUUCUUGGUGCUUGUAGCAAACACGGUGACAUUGAAACGGGCAUCAAGAUUGCAGAAAUGCUGUUUGAGAUGGAACCUUAUGAGCCAACAAAUUAUAUACUACUUGGUAACAUCUGUGCAAGAUUAGGAAGGUGGACAGAAGCAGAAAAGGUUAGAAGUUUGAUGGAAAAGAGAGGUAUAGAUGGGGAUGAUGCCUUUAGUUGGAUCGAAAUGGGCCAAACGACACAUAGAUUUGGUGUUGAUGACCGUUCACACCCCAUCUCCGAGGAGAUAUAUAGGAAUUUGGAUAGGUUGAUAGGUAGUAUCAAGGCUGCAGGUUAUGUGCCUGAUACCAGUUUUGCCACACACAGCACAGAAAAAGACAGAAGAGAAGAAUCACUACGUUAUCACUGCGAAAAGCUGGCCUUUGCUUUUGGGGAUUUGGCUUCUCCUUCUGGAGACACACUCCGCAUCAUGAAGAACCUCCGUGUUUGUGGUGAUUGCCAUUCUGCAUACAAAUACUUCUCCCUCGUCACAGGAAGAAAAAUAGUACUGAGAGACAACCACAGUGCUAUAUUUGUUGUUGCCCAAAAAUGUUUAAAGCUCCAAGCUUUACAUCCCCAACGAUUUCUUUACACGAAGGUCUUUUCGAGCUUGAUGUCUUCCACACUGGAACAAAGUAUUCUGCAACCAUAUACGCAGUGUAAACAAUCAUUGGAAAGGCGGAUGAGAGGAAAAUAAGAUGAACAUACAGAAGUUUGGGAUUUGUUGAGGACUGGUUAUUAACAUAUAAUGGAUCUGUGAUCGAUGUUGUGCUAGAGAAAAUUGUUUAUAUGUAGCUGUUUACAAGGUGAAUAAUAUGCAUACAGUAUUCACGAGUUGAGAAAUAUUUUGCAUUGUGAUAAUCUUCUUGUAUUUCACAAGUGCACUGUUGCAAAAGUAAGUUUCUGAACCUAGAUUUUUUUUUUUUUUUGAGAUCUAGAAAUUUCAUAU